AUGUCUACUCAAGGACUAUCCCUGAUUUUUACUCUGUUGUUUAUCUGCUUCUUCAGGGAGAGCUUCUGCAUUUGUGAUGGUACUACCUGGACAAAGGUUGGAUGGGAGAUUUUUCCAGAAGAAAUGCAUUAUUUGAAAGUUAAGACAGCUCCAUCUCACUGUCUACCUUACCCUCUGGACAAACUAUGCUGCAAUUUUGCUAAUAUGGAUAUAUUUCACGGUUGUUUAAAUCUUAUUUAUAUUUUAGUACAAGCUCUCUUUUUAAUCCUGUCUGUUUUGUCUGCACAUUAUCUGUGGAUGAAGUGGAAGAAACACAAAAAAAAGCUAAAGAAACAAGUCUCCUUGGAUACAACUGGUAACGAUCUAGAAACCCAGUCUGUCUACGACAUUGACCAAAUACUCUGCAGACUGGUGGCCACAACAUCAAUGAUGACCAAAUACCUGAAUCAGAUGUCCCAUCACCCUCAGGCUAAGAAAGCCAAGCACCGAAAACUAAAACGAAAGAAGACUGAAGAAGGAGAAAAGGAGGCAGAGUAUACUAGACACAUUCAUAGGCAAAUAUAA